AUGGCAUGGAAACAACCACAGACAGUCACAGAGAUUAGAAGUUUUAUGGGUUUGGUUGGGUACUAUAGGAGAUCUAUUGAGGGGUUUGCCAAGAUUGCUGCUCCAUUGACACACCUUACGAAGAAGAACCAAAUUUAUGUGUGGACUGAGAACAAACGAGUAGUGGCCUAUGCCUCAAGAAAAUUGAAGGUGCAUGAAAAGAAUUAUCCCACUCAUGACUUGGAGUUAGCUGCAAGGAAGGCCAACGUGGUGGCUGAUGAGUUCCCAGUGUUAGAGAAGUUAUGUGACUUGGAUCUUAAUUUGGAUUCCCCAGUGAGGAAAGUGCAAUGCGGAAUGAUCAUUAUAGAUAGUGAAUUGAUUAAUGAGAUUAAAGUUCUCCAAGUUACAGACAUGUUGACUCAAGAAAAAAGGAAGUUGAUCGAGGUCAGCAAGGCCCCUAAAUUUGAGGUGGGCCCAUACGAUAUUUUGAGAUGUAAUGGACGUGUUUGUACACCCGACAACACAGAAUUGAGGAAGACUAUCUUGGAUGAGGCUCAUAAAAGCAAGUUGAGUAUUCACCCUAGUACCACCAAAAUGUAUAAAUACCUUAAGCAAAAGUUUUGGUGGUCGAGAAUGAAGAAACAGGUAGCAGAAUAUGUGGCUUCAUGUUUGACUUGUCAGAAAGCCAAGGUAGAGCAUCAGAAACCAAGGGGACUACUAAGGUUGACCAAAUAUGCCCAUUUCAUACCCAUGAGGACUAAUUAUGAUGUGACUAAGCUUGCAGAGAUCUACAUUGCCGAGAUUGUUAUACUACAUGGGACCUUGGAGGAUUUGUUGAGAGCGUGUGUGUUGGAUGAGCGAGGUAGUUGGGAUAAUAUGUUGCAUCUCGUUGAGUUCACAUAUAACAACAACUAUCACGCGAGCAUUGGGAUGUCACAAUACGAGGCUAUGUAUGGGCGUAAGUGCCAAACUCGCUUGUGUUGGUAUUAUGAUGGUGAGAACCUAAUUGUGGGGCCAAAAUUGGUACAACACACCACAGAUAAAGUUCAUUUCAUCCAAGAAAGGAUGAAGACUGCACAAAGUAGACAAAAGAGUUAUGCCGACCAACGGAGGAAACCACUGGUGUUUCAAGAGGGUGAAAAUGUAUUUUCGAGAGUGAAGCCUACUACUAGAGUUGGUAGGGCACUACUAGAGUUGGUAGGACACUGA